GCGGAGCGGGGCGCUGGCCGGUCCUGCCAGGAGCCUGCUCCAGCAUGGGCUUCCCACGGGGUCAUAGCCUCCUUUGGGCAUCCACCUGCUCUAGCAUGAGGUCCUCCACAGGCUGCAGUAGGCAUUGCCAAUGGAUGAACUGGUGCAUGACUUGGCCUCAGCCUUAGAGCAGACUUCAGAACAAAACAAGCUGGAUGAGCUAUGGGAAGAGAUGGCCCUAAGCCCACGGCAGCAGCGGCGUCAACUUCGCAAGAGACGAGGUCGUAAACGACGCUCAGACUUCACGCAUCAGGCAGAGCAUGCCUGCUGCUACAGCGAGGCCUCAGAGUCAAGCUUGGAUGAAGCUGUCAAGGAUUGCCGUGAGGUGCUGACAGCCAAUUUCAGUGACUCUGAUGACAUGGCAGUGGUCAAACGACACCCAGCUCUCAGUGCCACCCUGAGGAGCAAGCAACACUCGUGGCACGAGUCAGACUCCUUUACAGAGAAUGCACCUUGUCGACCUCUCAGGCGCCGACGGAAAGUCAAACGUGUGACAUCAGAGGUGGCUGCUAGUCUCCAGCAAAAGCUCAGGGUGUCAGAGUGGAACUACGAGAGGGGCUGCAGGUUCAAGUCAGCCAAGAAACAGCGUCUUUCACGCUGGAAAGAAAAUACACCUUGGACAUCAUCAGGUCAUGGCCUUUGUGAAUCAGGAGAGAACAGGCCCUUCCUCAGCAAAGGGGGAAGGAAGGAGCGAAUGGAGUGUGAAGCUGAUGAGCAGAAACAGGGCUCUGAUGAAAACAUGUCAGAAUGCGAAACCAGCAGUGUAUGCAGCAGCAGUGAUACCGGCCUGUUUACCAAUGAUGAGGGCCGACAAGGUGAUGAUGAGCAAAGUGAUUGGUUUUAUGAAGGAGAAUGUGUUCCAGGAUUCACUGUCCCCAACCUUCUUCCUAAGUGGGGAGCUGACCACCGAUCUGAAGUGGAGCGGAUUGACUCAGGCCUGGACAAGCUCUCAGAUUCCACGUUCCUCUUGCCUUCACGGCCAGCUCAGAGAGGAUUUCAUGCUCGCCUGAAUCGCCUUCCAGGAGCUGCUGCCCGUUGUCUCCGAAAAGGUCGGAGGAGGCUCGUUGGCAAGGAGACCUCCAUGAGCACUCUGGGCACCGAGAGGCUAGGUCAUAUUGUUAGUGAUCCGCGCCAGAAAGAAAAGAACAAAGUGUCGGCUUCUGAUUUCCCACACACUGUGGCCUGUGCACAUGAGUUCAAUCCAUUAUCUCCUCUGUACUCUCUGGAUGUGCUUGCUGAUGCUUCCCACCGAAGAUGCUCACCAGCACACUGCACUGCCAGGCAAGCAAAUGUACACCUGGGACCACCAUGUUCAAGGGACAUCAAGAGGAAACGAAAGCCAGCUGCAGCCUCCAUGUCCAGCCCAACAUCAGCAACUUUAUCUGUCCACAUGGAUGCAGCAGAGUCAGAGCUACCAGCAACACCGUCCCUGAGAUCCCAGAACUCUGAGUGGACAGGGAAAACACCAGCAGCCGAGAAAGCCACUAUCGCUGCCUCCAGUAACUUUUUUAAAAUGCCACCAGAGAAGAGCCCUGGAUACAGCUAAAAAGAAGCAUUGCAACUGUAAAAGCUUGCUGGAUUUUGGAAUUGUUUGACUCUGGUGUGUGUCUUCACCAAACAUCUUGUUUGGCAGUAGUGAUAUCUUCAGUAUUGGUACGUGAUGUGUGCCAUUACCCAGACUGAUCUGUGUGCCCUGCAUACCUAAAUCAUGUUUGUGAAUCUAUGUUGAAAAAAAGGUAAUCAGUGUUGGGACUGCAGUGGCUUUUAAAAAUGUUCUUGCUAUUCCUGUAUUUAUUAUGCACUCAUCUCUUUCCCUGAUGCCAGCUCAUAUCUGCUGGGUCAUGUACAGAUUCUUUUGAGUCUUCAGAUCUAUAUUCACCCGCUGGACAUGUUGCUUGUUUGUACAUUUGGCGUUUUUUGGGUGAAAGUCCCACUGCCGCUUGGGGAGGCAAAAGUCUUCCCCUGUUUUCUUCCAGGCCAGGAGGAUUUCUUGGCUGGGGAAUGAGGAGGGACUGCAAACAAGUUGAAACAUGGUACCUGAAUUCUGUAUUAGCAGAACGUUUUCAGGCCAUGUACUAUUGGACUCAAAUCAUGUUGCUUCUAGCGAAGCAAAUACGAUGCUUGUCCAUUCAGAAAUUGCCAUUGGCUUACUGGCAGCAUGGUCCAUUAGACAUUUUCCUUCUCCCUUGUUGUGAAUGUCUUUAGUCUUGCUUGUGUUUUGCAUGUUCUUUCCUAAAUCUCCUGCUGGAUAAGGAUUUGGGAGAACUACUUGGACAUUAAACUGCAAGCUGGAGUCCUGGAAAGGAACCUGGGCCCUUGAGUGUCCUUGGAAUAGAAUCAUAGAAUCUUCAUGGUUGGAAAGGAUCUUUGAGAUCAUCGAGUCCAACCAAACAACCUACAAUCUCUGCCACUAGAGCAUGCCCUGAAGUGCCACAUCUAGACAUUUCUUAAACACCUCUAGGGAUGGUGACUCAACCACCUCCCUGGGCAGGCUGUUCCAGUGCCUGACCACUCUUUCAGUAAAGUAAUUCUUCCUAAUAUUUAAUCUAACCCUCCCCUGCCUCAACUUCAGACCAUUUCCUCUGGUGCUGUCAUUAUUCACCUGGGAGAAGAGGCCAACACCCACCUCUCUACAACCUCCGUUCAGGUAGUUGUAGAGGGCAGCGAGGUCUCCCCUCAGCCUCCUCUUCUCCAAGCUAAACAUGCCCAGUUCCCUCAUAUGACUUGGUCUCCAGACCCCUCACCAGGGGUCUGGAGAGAUGGUAGAGGAUAUACAAAACUUCCAUUUCUUGGUGUAUAAAUUAAAAAAAUGACUGCUAGCAUUUCUAAAGGACACUUGACUUUGAAGUUAACAUGCCGUUGAACAAAAAAGCCAUUUAAAGUAUCACCUGAGUUCAGAGCAUUCUGGGUAUUGAUCAGACAACUUCUGUCUCAUAUUUUCCCUCCCUUCAAAAAAGUAUUGUCUGCUAUAUCUACUGGAGGUGUCUCCACCUACUGAUGAUUGUACUUUACUCUGCAGCGUACACAAAAGAGAUUCUGUUCUUUUCAUAGCAUUUUGACUUGGUCAUCUGUUACCUUCUGUGUUGCAGAAUAUAUGGAUAGUGAUUUACUUCCUCUCUUUUAUUGAAUUCUUGAUCACACUCCACUUACUUUUCUUGAAUUACUCUGCCUGGAGCUUACUUUGGGCAAUGUUUUUAGAGUAUACACCUGCAUAGCAUGUGUCAGGGAACAGGUGGCCUCAUGUCCUAAGUCCUUUAAAAAUAGGAUAUAUUUGUAUGCAUAGAACUCUUUGCUUUUGUUGCCAUGUGGAGCUUUCAGACAGGACCGUUUAAGCUUGUAAAAUUCAUUUUGAAUGGAGAGGUGCAGCUAGCACUCUAAAGUAGAUAACAAAAUUUGCAUGUUUUUAGCACUUUUGCAAUGUUCUACUCUACUUUAUAAAUCAAUAGCUGAGGGACAGAUUUGAUUGUGAGGCUAUAAAGCAGUGAUUUAUAUUUAACUCUGAAUUAAAAUGUUAAAUGAUCAUAACAUACACAAAACAGAAAUUGAAUGACUCACUAAAUCAUGAUCGACAAAUACAGUUAUUCUACAGACACACUGUCCGUGUCUGAUCCCCUAAUACCUACUUACUCUUGGGGAGAGAUCCAAAUUGGAUUUAUAUUUCGCAGGCCAAGCAAACUGUCAGAUCUGUCAUCGUAAAUCCCUCUCAAAACCAUUUUUUUUUUUUUUGGAUGGUGGUGCAUUUUAGAACUAAUUAGAACAAGGAAAGCCUUUUUACCUUGCUGAAGGAGUACAGAGGUCAGUUUGGAUUACGGGACAAGCUGUAAGGGUUAUGUGAAGAGAGGAGUGUUCCUGUUUUUAAGUAGUCAUUGGAUUGUCUUAUUUUGUUGUUGUUUUGUUGUUAUUUUGAGCAGUGGUGCUUAAGAGAUAGCACAGGAAGUCUCAGCACUCGGGGCCUAAUCUAGAACAUAUAAAGAGAAGGUAAACCUGAAGAGUAGUAGCUUGACUAUCUAGUACUCAUGAACAAACAGUACACAGUGAAGAGGAAAGGUGGUCACAUUCUCCUGACAACCUGCAGAUAAAUUUUAAGACAGGAAGCAUAGUAACUGGACUUGCAAGCUGUUUCAGUGACAGGGAUUGUUUUCCUAAAAAAAGUGUUUGUGCAGCUGAGUGUCUUUCAUCUCAUGAAGAAUCCUCCACAGCCUCUCUUGGUUUGAAUCGCAGGUUCCCAGGUUGCCCAGGGAAGUUGUCAAUGCCCCAUCCCUGGAGGUGUUCAAGGCCAGGCUGGAUGAGGCUUUGAGCAGCCUGGUCUAGUGGGACAUGUUCCUGCCCAUAGCAGGGGGGUUGCAACUAGAUUAUCUUUAAGGUCCCUUCCAACCCGAACCUUUCGGUGAUGCUGUGUGGUUCUGUGAAUCUGUUCAACAGACUUACUCAGAUUACUGAUUGUUCAGCUAAAAUUUUUAAUUUUGGCCUUUGUGUUCCCCUUUUUAAAACCAACUCUGAUAUAUCUUGCUCCAUUGUGAGUAUUGUUCAGAGUAGUUCUGUUUCUGCUGUGGUGUCAGGACGGUCUUAAAACUUUCACAAGAGAGGUGUUUGAGGUGUUAGGGAACCAAGAGCCUUCAUUAUGCUCAUUGCAGGGGGCGAUUGCCAGACUUCACGUGAUUUUUCUUGGGGGACGGGGAAGGAUAAUUUAUCAGAUUUUCCUAUUGAGGUCAGUAGCACAGUUCAUCUGGUUAAGCCCUUACUUAGGUUGUAAGCUCCUAGGAGGUCUUCCUUGCCUUUUAGAGGAUGAAUAUACCUGUGGGAGUACUGAAGAGUAACUGUAGCAGGCCUCGUAUGGUUUACUGUGGCAGGCCUUUGGUAAGCCAUACUUCCUGCCACACAACUUUCUGGAAAUGCCAAGAGACUCAAGUUCUUGCAGCUGCCCUGUCUGUCUUAUUUCUAGGUUAGAAUCCAUUUGCAGGUCAGUUAGGCUCUCAACCGAAUUUCAUUCUCCUGAGGUGGUAGACAACAUAAAUGAAUCAUAUAUCUUGUUACUUCAGGGUAUUUAUCAAAAUCUAUCUUCAAACUUCAAUUGCUUGAUACAGAUUUGACUGUCUGCAGCAUUCUUAGAUGAAUAAGCUAGCUGCAUUGUUUUGUCUUUUUUUCUCUAAGGCAGAGUCCUUAUAACUCACACUGUACUCACACAGUACUCACAGUGAAGGACACAGUCCUUCAGAUGUGGAUUGCUUCAGUAGAAAGGAAUAAUAAUGUGCCUUGAUUUGGUAGCUGUGCUUCUACUAAGGUGGUCCAGUAUGUGAUUACUGCUUCAAAGUUACACAGCUCACUCAUAUUUUACUUCUUGCGCACCAGGACUCCCCACCAGGUUUACCUUCUCUCUUUGUCCUUAUGUGAGACUUCAAUUUCCCAGACAUCAAUCGGGAAUACCUCACUGCUGUGACAAGCAAGUCUGGGAAAUUCCUGAAGUAUAUUGAAGAUAAUUUCUUGUCACCAGUACUCAGUGAGCUAACUAGGAAAGAUGCCCUCCUAGACCUGUUAUUUGUGAAUAGAGAAGGACUUGUGAGAGACGUGGUGGUAGGUGGCUGUCUUGGCCACAGUGAUCACAUUGAACUUGGUUGAGUUGAAAAUUUUUGAUGCAAUGAGAAAAAUGGUCAGCAGAGUUGCUACCCUGGAUUAAAAGAGAGCUAACUUUUAGCUCAGCGAGUUAAUUAGCAGUGUCCCCCGGGAAUUGCUUUUGAGGGCUUAGGGGUCCAUGAGUUUUUAAGAACCACCUUUUAACAGCACAAGAGCAGGCAAUCCCUUUGUGUUGACAGUGAAGCAAGUGGCACAGAAGACCAGUUUGGCUGAACAGGGAACUCCUCUUGGAAAUCAAGAGGAAAAAGAAAUUGUAUGAUCUCUGGAAGCAAGGUCAGGCUUCGCAGGAACAUUACAGAGCUGUGGUUCACAUAUGCAGGGAGAAGACAUGAAAGGCCAAAGCUUAAUUAGAGUUCCAACUGGCUGGUGUUGUGUCAGACAACAACAAAGGCUUUUUGAAGUACAUUAGUAGCAAGAGGACGUCUAAGGAAAACAUUGGACCGGUACUUGUUAAAGAGGUCACCUGACAAAUCGGGAUGAAGAAAAAGUAGAGCCAUUCAAUGCUUUUUUUUGCCUCAGUCUCUAAUAAUACUGACAGACCUUGGGCUGCCCAAUCCUCUGAAUUGGAGGACCAUGACUACAGGAACAGUGACUUUCGAUUUGUGGACACUGAAAUUGUAAGUUGAAUGUUCAUGAGGCUGGAUGGGAUUCAUCCUAGCGCACUGAAGCAGCUAGUGGAUGUUACAGCAGGAUCCCUCUCGGUCAUUUACGAAAGGUCUUGGGAGUCUGGGGAGGUCCCGGCUGACUGGAAGCUAGCCAGUGUUAUUCCAGUUUACAAGAAGGGCAUGAGGGAAGACCCAAGAAACUACAGACUUGUUAGUCUAACCUCAGUACCUGGCAAAAUUAUGGAGAGGAUCAUACUGGAUGCUGUUGAAAGGCAUUUAAAGGAUGAUGCAAUCAUCAGGCACAAUCAACAUGGGUUCACAAAGGGAAAGUCCUGUUUAACUAAUUUGAUAUCCUUCGAUGAUAAGGUCACCUAUUUAGGGGAUGAAGGGUGCAUGUAGUUUUUCUGGAUUUUAGUAAGGCUUUUGAUACUGUCCUUCACAGCAUCCUUCUGGACAAGUUGUCCAACUGUGAGAUGAGCAGGUACACAGUGUGCUGGCUGAAGAACUGGCUGAAUGGGAGUGCUCCAGGGGUUGUAGUGAAUGUGGCUACGUCUGGCUGGCAACUGGUCAUCAGCAGUGUUCCUCAGGGUUCAAUUCUAGGGACAGUACCGUUGACUGUUUUUAUCAAUGAUUUGGAUGCAAGAGUUGAAUGCACCAUUAGCAAGUUUGCCAGUGAUACUAAACUGGGAGGUGCUGUUGACCCUCUCAAGGGACAAGAGGCCUUGCAGAGGGAUCUAGAUAGACUGGAGCACUGGACUAUGAUUAAUAGGACGAAAUUUAAAAAGAACAAAUGCCGGAUUCUGCACCUGGGAUGGAGUAAUACUGGACACAAGUAUAAAUUGUGAGAGGAGUGGCUGGAGAUCAGCCCUGCAGAAAGGGAUCUGGGGGUGCUGGUCGACAGCAGGCUCGCUCUGAGUCAGCAGUGUGCCCUGGCAGCCAAAAGGGCAAACCGCAUCCUGGGGUGCAUCAAACACAGUACAACCAGCUAGUCAAAAGAGGUGAUUAUUUCGCUGUAUUUAGUGUUGGUGCAGCCUCACCUUCACUACUGUGUGCAGUUCUGGGCCCCACAACUUAGAAAGGAUGUUAAAAUACUUGACCGUGUCCAGAGGAGGGCAACAAAGCUGGUGAAAGGGCUGGAAAGAAUGUCCUAUGGGGAGUGGCUAAGGAGUCUGGGUUUGUCUAGUUUGGAGAAGAGGAGGCUGAGGGGUGACCUCAUUGCGCUCUACAGCUUUCUGAGAAGAGGAAGUGGAGAGGGAAGUGCUGAUAAUUUCUUCCUGGUAUCCAGUGACGUGAUGCAUGGGAAAGGUUCAAAGCUGUGCCAGGGGAGGUUCAGACCUGACAUUAAGAAACACUUCUAUACAGAGAGAGUGGUCAAACACUGAAGUGGGCUUAUGGAGAGGUGGUUGAUGCCCCAAACCUGUCAGGGUUUAAGAGCCAUUUGGACGACACCCUUAAUAAUAUAUUUUAAUUUUUGGUCAGCCCUGAAGUAGUCAGGCUGCUGGACUAGAUGAUCAUUGUAGGUCCCUUCCAACUGAACUACUCUACUCUACUCUACUCAUUAACUUCAUGAAUUUUCUGUCUUUUCAUUCCUCCAGUCUGUCAGGGUCCUUAUGGGUGGUACCCCCACCCUCCAGCAUAUCAGUAGCUCCCCUCCCCAACAUGCUGUUAUUUCUGAUCUUGUCGAGAGUGUGUUCUGUCUCUUCCCACCAGAUCACUAAUGAUCGCUGAACAGUAUUGAUCCCAGUAUUGUCUUCUGAGGCAUGCUUUUCAUAAUUGGUCAUCACACAGAUUUCAAACCACUGAUCACUAUUCUUUGAGCCUGACAGUUCAGCCAGUUUCUCACUGACCUUUCUUACUGGAUGGCAUCAAGUCCAUAGUUCCCCCAUUUGGUUACAAGGAUACUAUGAGAGACCUCAUCAAAAGGCUUACUGAAGUCAACGUAAACAGCAUCCACUGCCCUCUGCACAUCCACAGGGCCUGUCGUGUCGUCAUAGAAGGCAGUCAGGUUCAUAGGCAUGGUUUUCCCUCAUUUAAUCUGGCUGCCUGUUCCUAGUCACCUUGUCCUUAGGGUGCCUGGAAAUGGCUUCCAGAACAUGCUGCAUAUAAGGCUACAAGGGAACGAGGUAGGGCUGACUAGCCUGUCAUUCCCCAGAUCCUCCUUCCUGCCUUUUAUGAAAGCAAGCUGAGAUGAUACGUACCCCUUUCUGUCACUGGGGACCUCAUGCAAUUGCCACAAUUUUUCAUGGAUGACAGAGACCAGUCUUAAAAUGACAUAUUUUUGCAAACAGGGCUUUAUUUAUGUACAGGAAAAAGAUAGGCAUUCAGUGAAAGCGAAAUCAAGAGCUGGGAGGAGUACACUUACUAGUUGUUCUUUGCACAUUUCCAGUAGUUCCAGUGAGCUGUAGUGAGGCUUAACGCCCAGUUUGGCAGGUACUGGAGAAGCACGACUUAAAAGAAUGUAGUUUCUGGCCUGAUGGAUUUAUGAACUUAAAGUAAGGUACAGUAAAGAGCGAAGAAGGCAACAAAACCGUAGAUGGAGAGAAACUCGUAAGAGGCUGGGGCUAGUGCUACUGAAUGAUAGAUUAGCUUCAUGAUUGUGGUAUGCAGAGGUGUUUCUUGCCAGCAUUCCUGAAUAACGACAUUGAGAUGGUUAGUGCUGUCCUUUGAACUGUAGAAGCUCAUGCUGUUCCUUUGUGGAUGCUGCAGAGACCUGCUCCUUGGGCAGAGGGGACAAGAAGGGUGAUUGAGUGCCUGUUAUUGUAACCCCUUCUGCACUGAAGAAAGAAGAUGCUACAAAAAAUGAUGUGUGUGCCUGGAUAUCGAAAAGGAAUUAUGUAAAGUGGAUAAGAACUGUGCUUUGGUUUCAUAAGCAACAGUUUUGUAACCGGAGAACAUUUCAGUGAUGCAAAAGUAAAGGACACUACCAGUUAUCUUCAGAAAUAGUUUUAGGAGACUAUCAAAGGAGGACAAACUUCUGUUCUCAUUGUGAUACUGUAUUAUUUUUUCUUUGUCCCUUGCAUUCUGUUCCAGUUUGUGUUUUGUGCUUGAGACAUCCUGCUUUUGUACCAUCAAGUAUGGGAAAAAUACUUUACAGCAAUGCUUCUUAAGGGAUAAAGCAUAAGGGGCCCCUUGCUACACGGAAGGCAUGACAAGAUUAUCUUAGGCCAUUAACUUUUACCCAGUACAAGGAUUGAACUCAGCAUAGAGAACAUAAUGUCUUGAUUAUACCAAAGCGUCUCAUUCUUAAGAAAGUAAACUGUGGCAUGGGCAAGUGCAGGGAGACUAAACCGUCACCAGCACUUGGAGACGGGUGAAUGGCUGGCCCUCAAUCAGGUGACAUACAGACGUAGGUUGUGGAGAGAGAGGGAACCUUCAACAUCCUUCUAAACUUUAACAGGGUAAAAUGCCUUCCUGACUAGAAACCUGGCUGUUAGUGUGACUCCAGUGAGUUGAUAACGAUGUGUUAACUGGCAUACCGAAAAGAGAAUUCUUGUACCAACUCAAAGAAUUGGUAAAAGUGGAAAAUGGACCGGCACAGCCUGUUAUAUCAAAGAAAGAUGCAAAAUAUAUACAUAGCUGCAGACAAUAAUCAGAAAAAGCAAUGCUGAGCCCUGCAUGUAUGACCUAGGGUAUUCAUUGUCUUAAAGCAGAGCUGCCAGUAUUAGGAUGAUCAGGGUUUUGCAAAGCUGCCCUCUUUUCCUUGUAACCUCUGAAGGAAAUGGGAUGAACAGCCUAAGAAAGGCUGCACUGGGUCAGACCAAAGGUCUGUCUCUCACAGCAGCCAGGUCUGGAUGCCUAGAGGUUACUGUAAGGAUUUCCUUUUAAGUUCUCUUAGCUCAGUGUCCUGUCGCAAAAAGAUUUUACAAAAUCUUUCUUCAAGGCUGGAGAAGACUUUUGCGACCCUUUGGCUAUAGUAUUUAUCCUGCGACUGGAUUUAAUUAUAUUUUUAGAAGAACAUGUAAUCUGACUUUAAAAACAUCAAGUAAGGAUUAGCUCAUCUUUCUUGGUAAUCAGUUUUCUUGUUAAUUGUCCUCUUUAUAAGGAAAUUGCGUCUUCUCUUGUAAUAGUUUUUUCCUAAUAUCAGCAUCCUGACAUUGUUUCUUGCUAUGCUUUUUUUUCAGCAGGGUUGAAAAGUCCUAUUCUUCCUUUACAAUUAGGCUUCUUUGUCAUGUAUAACUACCUAUACUCAGUCAACAAGUCCUAUGUAAUACACUAACCCAUAUAAGUCAUUUUUCAUAAGCUUCACACUAAAAACUUGUAAUUUAACCUUUAACUAUGCUCCAUGAAAAUCCCCAGUAUUUCAUAUCCAUCUGCAUUCAGUUCUGGUGUCUACCCUUAUUCUUUACGGAAGGAGGAACACUUGCUUCCCUGUUGCUAUUCAGGCUUCAUCUACUCACAUAUCCAAACAUCAUGGUAGCCCUUGCUGCCCAAACACUGCUGUAAUGCUACAAUAAAAGUGAUAUGCAGGCAGUUAACUUUAAAGUUCUUACCACUGCGUUUCAAUGCAUAAGAUCCUAGAUGGUAAGAAUAAUGUUAAUUUUUUUUUAAUUCCAAAAUGUAUGGCAUUUCCUUUAGCGGUAUUACAGUGCAGUUCUUUACUGAUGGUUUUUAUAAUUUGGAAUACUUAAGAGCUGAGUCUGUUUAGUUUUAUCAGGAGAGGAUCAGAGGUGUCUUGCUUGUGUGGUAGAAAGUCCUUUAUGGAAAUGGAAAUACUAGGUAAUAAAGUGUCUCUUGUCUUGUGCGGAUGGGCAUAAAGAUGAACUUGAAGCUAAAGCCAAAUCAAUUCAAUUUAGAAAUAGAGCGUGAGCUUUUAACAGUGAGGACAGAUUAACCAUCAGAACAAAGUACCGUGGGAAGCAGUAGCUUCUAUGUAUCUUCAGACUUCAAUUUGAAGACAGUAGCUUUAUGGAAGGAAUGUUGUAGCUAAAUAUAAGCCAUUGAAAUAAAUACAGAGGCUUCUAAAAGACAUUGAAUGGUCAAUUUUAUAGUGAAGGUCAGUCUACAUGAAAUGAUAGUUGCUUCUGGUUUAGAACAGAAGACUUUUUAUGAUACAGUAUAGAGAUCUGUUGAAAAAUGGGAAGAGUUUUGGCAAACAUAGGGAAUAGUCAUGGUGAUGGAACUUUUAUGGUAUUACCAAAAGAUUGUAAUGAAAUUACAUGGGAAGGUGACGUGAGAAAAGAUUCAUCUGUGCCAAAUGAAAUGAAGCAGCAUUUCUGCAUGUGAGUUUAUUUGUGAGUAGUAUAAUGACAUACGAACAUGCAGUCUUCAGAACCUAUAUUAUCACUCAGUUGAAGAGCAUCCUCGGUGAGGAUUCCCCCUUUCUUGCUCUACUGGCAGCUAGAAUUCUGCUGUCUUGAGGUAUUGUUCCCUGUGGACGUGCUCAGCUUCAGCAGCUCUGUCUCAGUUCUUUGGCUCGGUUGUGUGAACUGCCUGCACAUUGCACUGAAAUCAGAAACAAAUGAGGGAGAGCAUCAGUUGGCUUAUUACCUUGACAGGAUACUUGCCAAAAGAGUAUGCAAUAUCUUUCUUAAUCACUAUAGCAGCUGUUGCUGCUUUUCUCUCUCAUGGCAUAUAAGGAAGAUGCCUCCUUGUAGGAGUGCCCUUUUCGUAGCCUGUAGCCUUCACUAUCACACCGAAGAAUUUCUCCAAGUGGAAGAGCUCUUCUGCACUCAUCUGAGAGGAGAUGGCGUGACUGAAGGAUGCAAUUUUCUGGUAGUGUGUUCUCUAACAUUAGGGAGCAAUGACUUCUUCAGCUUUUUCAGCUUUCAAAUACAUUACGCUGUACCUUUGUUUCAAAAUGAAUGUAAAAUUCUAGUGAUGGAAUAGUGUCACAUUUGAAUUGUUGCUUCAGGUCUCAAGUCCUGGACAUAGUUUUAAUGUCCCAUGCUAGCAUUUGGUUUUGUUGCCCAGGCUGGUGUAUGUGAGACCUCAUUGCUGGAAGCUCUUCUGGGAGUGCUGUGAACUGGGACUGGUCUGGCCUGACCAGAGCCCUUGGGUGCUGCUGAAGCCAUUGAAUUUUCCUUCAAGUUUGGCAACGCCAGACAGUUAGCCAAAGCUGCCAUCAGUUCCAUUCUAGUUUUCUCCUCCUGUCCCAGAGGGUUUACCUAGAGAUAGUUCACAAACAGGUCUACUCAAAAUCUUUUGAGACAUGCAUCGUACGUGUCCCAAAUGUUUUAUGUGGUCAUAAGAUUUAACUGUUUGAUAGGGAUUGUACUCUGGGUUCCUAGGACUCUAUUUUGGGGGUAACGUGUAAAUAAGGAAGAUUCUCGCUUGUAUUUCUCUGUCUUAAACAUGAUGUGUAUUCUCUGAAUGAGGCUCUUGCAGGAUCUUUGUUCUGAUUUUAGAAACUGGAAAUAAAUCAAUAUAUGAAAGAAGCGUUUUAUCUGAUAUAAAGUGAACUGAGUUGAGAGUGGGAGAAGAGAGGCUUCACUGACAUCUAACUAGAUUUACAGUAUUGGAAUGUCCAUUAAUCUGCAUGCUUCCUUGACUGUUUCCUUAAAUAUAAACUGUAACCUGAAGGUCUAUAGGGAGUUACUAUGCUUUUUUUCCUUUGAAUUGCAAACUUGAGUGAAGGAUUUGAGGUAAUUUAUCAUGUCCAUUCUUUGUUUUUUUGUAAUGAUUUUGUUUAUUUCCCAGUUUGUCAUGACGUUGUCUCUAGACAAGUGAGAUGCUCCCUGUUUGGAAUUUGAAACAAUUCCAGAGUUUCUUAAGUAGCCUUUCACUUCCAAGUCACUGCUUCAGAUCUGGCCAGUCCCAAAAGGGAUUUAAUGUAAAUGAGCAGGUCAGUCUCAAUUGUUUAAUGGAUAUCUAUUCGUUUGGCCGACGCUGACAUCCUUUUAAGAUAGAUUGGCAUCAUUCUUUUUUGCCAUGAUAGCAGUGGCUGCAAAGAUCAAAUGAGCAGUGGACUUUGAAUUUUAUUUUACAUAUAUUUGUGUCCCAGUAUUGAUAGCUGUGCGCUCUUGUGGAAGGAGCAAAACAGGACUCCCUCUACAUUAACUAUUCCAAGGAAUAAAUUGUAAAAAAUUAGUUCCCAAGUUGUUUGAAUGCUUUCAAACAAAAAGAUCAAGAUCCUCUGGAAAUUGCUUCAAGUUCUCAACACUAUAUUGGGGGGAGCAAUUUUUAAAAGUGAUGAUUUUCCUCUCUCAUCUGCAGGCUGCACUUGUGAGAACUGGGAAGUGUUCCUGGUGAAAUGCACUGAUUUUUGUUGGGAGGAAGGAGAAAAGAUCUCUUAACAAUAGAUUCUUUUAUGGGAAUUGCCCAGAUUUGGCAAAUGUGACCAACUAUGGCUAACAGUCAAAAAUGUCAGAUAUCUGAAAAUCAUGAGCUGAUUCAGUCUUCCACCUGCUUGCAUUUAUUUUUUUUUCCCUGAGGAAUGAAGCAUUUCAUUUCAUAAUUGGAAGCAUUUCUAUAUAUAUAUAAAAAAAAAAAGCUGAAUGGUUCUAGUUCGCACAUCCUUAAUUUUACACUCAAGGGCUGAGAAUUUUCUCAGUUCAGGUUGAAUAGCUGGUGGCAAACUCUGUAACAGGACUGACUGUGGUGGCUUUUACCUAUUUUGAUGUUUUUCAGACCAUGCUUUCUUCAUACUUUUCCAGCUCAGAGAAUCAACUGAAACUACAAAUGAGUACAAGUAGACUUGCUGCCUACUGAUGGAGGAUUUCUUACAUCUAAAUAAAGGGUAUUUCAGA